CGGAGCUGGUGUGUGCUGCGUCGCAGUGUGAGCCCUGUUGUGAUCUGGGCUCUCCCGGUCCCUCCUCCUCCUGCUCCAUCACGCGUCAGAAACGACCGGUAUAAAACACACGUGAGGCCCAGGCGAGCGCACACCAGUCGCGCGCGCCUCGUUCGACCUGCGGUCCGCCCGCCCGCUCACAGACGACGCGGAGGCUCGAGCUGUUGAACGAGACAGAGAAGGAGGGGAGCCAUGCCGAGCUGCGGGGCGACUUGAACCUGCACUGGACUGAGCACCAGAAUGCAAACGGCGAGUCUCGAGUGUGUGCUUAGUGAUAUUUGCGCCGGAUAAGUUCCACACACGCGGGAGACUUACUUCUGGCUCGGGCACUUUGGAUUGGCGACUGAUGGGCGAGCGCACGCGCGGAUUUCUGCUGAUAACAACGGGGACCGCCACGCGAAAGCGCACGAAGUGAGGAGGGUGUUUUCCUGCCCCCCCCCCCCCCCCCCCCCCCCGCCCCAUCACUAGCACCAGGGGAAGUGAAGAGAAACACCCGCAGCGCUUAUCGGCUCCAUCUGAAGGCUCACUGACACUGACCUCGGCAGCUGUCGCGCGGGGACUCUGCGCACAUUUUCUGCCGAGCGAACCAAAUGCGGAGAGAAGAACGAUGCAUUUGGGUAAAGCGUUACUGUUCGUCCUCCUCCUCAACUGCGCAACUCUGAGCUCCUGCCUGUCGACGUGUGCCACCGUGGAUAUUGACCAUGUGAAAAGGAAGAGGGUCGAGGCGAUACGGGGACAGAUCUUGAGCAAACUCCGCCUGACGAGUCCGCCGCACUCCCUCGGACCGAGUAAAAUCCCGUAUCAGAUCCAGGCAUUGUAUAACAGCACCAAGGAGCUACUGGAGGAGCUCGGGAGGAAUCGGCAGCAGAGUUGCGGUCUGGACAACACAGAGACAGAGUACUACGCCAAGGAGAUAUACAAAUUCAACAUGGUCUACGGACCGCCAGAGAACAACGAUCUGCUCUAUUGCCCAAAAGGCAUCACCUCUAAGGUUUUCCGCUUCAACGUCUCCGCCAUGGAGAGGAACUCAACCAACCUCUUCAGAGCAGAGUUUCGAGCUCUGAGGGUGCCAAACUCAAGCGCCAAGAGGAAUGAACAGCGGGUUGAGCUCUACCAGAUUGUGAGGCCGAAUGAACACAUCAGAAAACAACGCUACAUUGCAGCCAAGAAUGUGCUGACCAAAGGUACUGCAGAAUGGGUCUCCUUCGAUGUGACUGAGACAGUGCGGGAGUGGCUGAUCAACAGAGGAACUAAUCUGGGCCUGGAAAUCAGUGUGCACUGCCCCUGUCACACCUUCAAACCAAAUGGUGACAUCAUUGACAAUGAGAACGAGGUGCUAGAGGUGAAGUUCAAAGGCGUGGAUGGAGAUGAGGAGCACAGUCGCUUGGAUCUGGAUCCCCUGAAUAAGAAGUACCUGCCUCACCUUAUCCUCAUGAUGAUCCCACCCCACCGCUUGGACACCCAGCACACGCGCCGACGCAAGAGAGCACUGGACACAAACUACUGUUUCUCAAACACGGAGGAGAGCUGCUGUGUUCGCAAGCUCCACAUUGAUUUCCGGCGUGACUUGGACUGGAAGUGGAUCCAUGAGCCCAGUGGUUAUGAUGCAAACUACUGCUCUGGACCCUGCCCUUACCUAAGGAGCUCGGAUACAACACACAGCUCGCUGCUGAGCCUGUACAACACUCUGAAUCCAGAGGCAUCGGCUGCCCCCUGCUGUGUUCCUCAAGAGCUGGAACCUCUCACUAUACUCUACUACUCUGGGCGAACCCCGAAAGUGGAGCAGCUCUCCCACAUGAUUGUCAAGUCUUGCAAGUGUAGCUGAGAAGACAUUGGAAGGCGAGGUAGUGUGGCACGAUUUUACUAGGUACUGACCAAACCCAUGCUUGUUGACUUUUGGACUCUUAGCUGUGACAAAUACUUAAACUGACCCUGUGGACUCGUGGCUUAGAUCUGAAAACCACUCCGGAGGUCACACUUUGUUUUUUCAACGAUACAGAUUUUCUGAAAACUUGAGGUCAUCCAUUUCUAGUUUUGUAAAUGUUUUCCCACCCACUCAGUCUUUUCUAAAUUACUAGUAGUUAUUUUAAUCAUAAAAGGUCGAACCCAUACCAAACGCAUUAUUACAAUCAAGGUAUGAUCUUAAAAUAUUUGUCUAGAUUUACGAGAAUGGACAACAUGCGUCUUGUUAAAGCUAGAUUACGGAGUCUGGUACAAAUCCAUCUGUGACACAAUGAAUGAAUGAAAGAGACUUACUCUGUGUUAUAUUUUCUACUUCAGAGCGCGAGCAAAUAUUCCACAAAGUUCAAGUCAACACUUUCGGUAGAGCAGCUUUCCUGCUUCUAACCUUGGAACAGUAUCGUUAAUAGUCACAAAUAUAGACGGUGCUCUCCUGAAUGGUUGAAGAGUCCUUUCAGACUGGAUUCUAACUUGAACUUGCCUUAAGCUCUCUUCCCUUCAAACAGUGGGCAUUAUCUUCAAUCACAAAAGGAGAAAGGACAGACUUGCUGCUGUAUCCAAAGCCAUAGCUGUGGUCAGGGAAAAGGAGAGCCGAGAGAGAAUGCCUGUUGGAUUUGCAAUGGAAAGUGAAUGAACAAAGGAGUUGAGCCAAGCUUUUCUUUUUUUGGCCAGCCAGCAGCAAUGGCCUUUUUUUUCGGUGCAUCUAUUAGAACGGAUGGAAGAAGAAAAAGAAGAAGAAGAAGAAGAAGAAGAAGAAGAAAAAAAAGAGGGGACAUGUAUGCAAGGGAAGAACUGCGAUGGAAAGAAGCCAUGAGCACACUUCCUGCCAUUCACUGGAAGUUUUCAUCCCUAACAGGUUAAAAUUAUUUUUGGGACAUCACACAAUAUACUGGAAAAGAACGAGUGUUACACAACAGUUUUGGGUUUUUUAAAUGAGAUUUCUUUUACAUUAAUAACAGAUUUUGGUCUGUUAUGCAACUCGUCAUAUAGUGAUUGUUUCACUAACUGGGAUGAAAAUUGACGGAUCUCCAUUGGUGGAAACACUUUUGUAUUAAACCAUGAGUACUGAUACAUUUCCGUAUGAUGUAGAAAGGACAUGCAGCUUUUUUUUUUUUUUGUGCGAAAAGAAAUUAGUUUGACCUGUUGUAUUUGAUGUUUGACUAGAAUCUUACUGUAUUAAAAAGGUGACUUUCCCCAGAAAGGUAGAUCAGAGCAUUUUUCUCCAGCAUUUCCAGGAAUGUUUUUCCUAUCUACUUAACUGUCAACUUUCAGGACAGUGGUAACACUGCAGUCUUGUCUGCUCCAUCUCUGUUUGUUUUGGUGCUCUUUUUCAGUGUGAAGCCCUGAUAGAACAACAAAGGGAAGAGGGAGGGAGCAAAGCCAUUAUGUGACAGUGGCUGGAUGUACAGUUAGACCUCAUUUUUCUCUGAGUCAGGAGAGCGAUUCUGAAUCCCUGUACUGUUUGACGUUGACCCUGUCAGAGUCUUCUUGCCUUUAGGUGACAUUUAGGUGAUGUUUUUGGCAAUAAUAUUGUUUUAUGGUUGACUUAUUGAUCAUGAUUGUUAUUAAAAAACACAACAUGCAGAA